CUGGGAGGUGUUGUGAGAGCAGAUCCCGAUUCCUCAUAUUGUGGGUCCUGCCGUCCUAGCCCCUGGGUUACGGAGACGUCAUCUUCACAGAAAACUCGUCGGUCAAAUGAGUUGAAGUUUUGCGUUCCGAGUAAAAUUUUAUCGGGGCCCCUGUUGGUGCGUUAAAGAUGUCGGAGCUCUGCAAAAAUUGACUUUGGCAGUGAUUUAUUUUCUUUGAACGAUCUGGAGUGGCAGAAGAACUUCCCCAGAUUUGGAUGGUUUGGCUCUAGAACUGCCCAAAGUUUUUGUAGAUUUGGAUCUCGAGCGCGCUGCAGAGGUCAUUCAUUUUUUAGGAACACAGGCCGGAUAAUAUAGGCAGGAAUUUUUAAACAUUUUUGGAUGCGAUUUCCCAGUUUGGUCUAAAGUAGUUCGAAGAUUGGAAAGUUUUGAAGAUGGCGGAGGGGACUGUUCAAUCUCGUUAUGUGAAGCUUACGAAGGAUCAAGGGCCCGUGGAGGAGAUUACGCCCGGGGAGCUUAACCAGCCUAUUCAGGUUCCUCAGUUGACUGUUCAUAGAUGCAGUGAGUGUGGUCAGCCCCUUCCUGAAAGUUAUGAGCCUCCUGCUGAUGAGGCUUGGACAACUGGAAUUUGUGGUUGUGCUGAAGAUACCGAGAGUUGCUGGACUGGACUGUUUUGUCCAUGUGUGUUGUUUGGCCGUAAUGUUGAGCGCUUGAAGGAAGAUAUCCCCUGGACCAAGCCAUGCAUAUGUCAUGCUGUUUGUGUGGAAGGUGGCAUUGCACUUGCAACGGCAACAGCAAUCUUCCAUGGUAUUGAUCCAAGGACAUCAUUUCUUAUCUGUGAAGGUUUGCUGUUUGCUUGGUGGAUGUGUGGCAUCUACACUGGUCUUUUUCGACAAUCAUUACAGAAGAAGUAUCAUCUGAAGAACUCUCCAUGUGAUCCAUGUAUUGUGCAUUGCUGCAUGCACUGGUGUGCAUUGUGUCAGGAACACCGAGAGAUGAAGGGGCGCCUAUCUGACAACAUUGUCAUGCCUAUGACCAUUGUCAACCCUCCUCCCAUGCAAGAGAUGAAUGCGAGUGAGAACCGGGGAUCUACACCAGCCUCUUCAAAUGGUGGUGAACAUACUAAUUUGGAAAUGCAGGCUUUGUAAUCUUGGCAUAUUUUAAACAGAGGUUGGAAAAAGGGAAUUUUGUUGUGUUGUUGUUAUGUUUUGUGGAGCUCAAAUGUCCUGGAUAUAGACAGAAAAAGAAGGAAUUCCUUUGAGGAAUACAAAUGCACUUAUUCUGAUAACGUUUCUAAUAUUUUUUUCUAAUUUGCAUCUCCAAUUAUAGAAUUGUGUUGAGACAAGGCAUGGAUGAUGAUGAUCUCCCAUUAUUGAAUUGCGGUUGGCUCUUAA